CCCAAACCCCAAAUUUCCCUCUCCCCCACAACGUCCCAAUCUGCAUUUCCUCCCCGCCGAUCGCCGCCGCGGACGACGACGAUGUGGGCGGCGCCCACGGCGAAGAAGGUCGGCAUCGAUAUCGACUGGGUAGAGGCGUUCAGCUCCGGCUCCGACGGCGGCCCCGACGUCUGCUUCCUCUCCCCUCCCCCGGCGCCCGGGAAGGGGAGUGCGUCCGCCCGCUCCUCCCCCGGCUUCGGCCGCGGCGAGGGGUUCGUCUCCCCUCGCCCGGCGGCGGCGGUGGCCAGGCGGAAGGGGAGGAGGGGCGAGGAGGCGGACGGGGAGUUCUCGGCGAGAUCGAACGACAACCUGCGGCGGGACAUCGCGGGCAUGUCGGACGAGGAACUGCUGACCGAGAUCGCGUGCGUCUACAGCACGCUCCCCGCGUUCGGAGGCCUCAUCGAUCCGGAGAAGAGGGCCCGCCGCGGCCGCCUGCUCCCGCUGCUCGAGGCGGAGGCGCGGCGCCGGGGGAUCGACACGGACAGCGCCGAGGACGGCGGUGCUUCCUAUCGGGGUCCUCGUUCUGACGCGAAUUGUCCCUUCUCUUUUGAUAUAGAUGAUUCGGGGGCGGAAGUUGCUCGGAAAUACCAGAGGAAGUCAUCUCCCAUUCGCUCGACAAAGAAGAACUAUGGAGAGCUAGGUGUGCAUACACGCAGAAGUUUCAAGCAACCUGGACGAUUGAGACCUAUACCAGAGGAUAAGAUGUACUCAAGCAAAACAUCCCCAACUACUUUAUCUGGGCAUAAACAGAGAGUCCGUGCCGUUGAUCCAAAGGAACAUGAUAGAGAAAAACGCCAGCAGAUUCAAAGCAACUUUUCCAGCAAUCAUACAAAUAGGAGGAAUGUACAGCUUGGAGAUUCAUCUGUUCUAUAUUCUCGAAAGGUUAAUGAUGAUGUGGUUCUCUUGGAUGAUGAAGAUGUGCAACCUGAUGAACCAGUAGAUUGUGGGCUGCCAGAGGAAUGGAAUGAGUCAAAAAUUUACUAUCCAUCAAGAGAUGAUCCAGAAGCUGUAGAGCUCGCCAGUUCGGAUAUCAAAUGUCUUGAUCCUGGAGUAUAUUUGUCGUCCCCUGUAAUAAACUACUACAUCCAAUAUAUCAAAAGAGACAAAUUUCACCGUGAAGCUGCCAGAAACAAUUUCUACAUGUUUAACACAUAUUUUUACAGCAAGCUUCAAGAAGCGUUAUCUGGAAAGGGUGAGUUCGUGAAGUUGAGAAGAUGGUGGAAAGGUGUUAAUAUAUUUCGGAGAGGAUACAUUGUAUUGCCAAUCCAUGGAGCGGCGCACUGGAGCCUGGUGAUUAUCUGCAUUCCUGCAAAGGAGAGUAAUUCAGGACCAGUCGUACUACAUCUGGACUCCUUAGGGAUGCACCCUACUGAUGAGAUAUAUCGUACCGUUAGGAGAUUCCUUGAAGAGGAAUGGAAGCAUUUAAGGAAGAACCCUCCUUCUGACAUUUCUCUUUCAGACACAAUAUGGGAGGAUCUUCCAAGGAACAUACACAAGGAAAUUGUUGAGGUUCCAGGGCAGAACAAUGCGUAUGAUUGUGGCAUCUUCAUGCUUUACUAUAUUCAACGGUUUAUAACUGAAGCACCAGAAAUUUUCACAAGAGAUAGACUUGACAUGUUUAGUCGCAGUUGGUUUAGAUCUGAAGAGGCUUCUAAGUUAAGAAACGAGAUACGGAAACUACUGCUGAAAGAGUUUGGAAGUGCGAGGGUUGAUGAUGUUAUGUCUGAGGCAGCUACAGGUGAUGGCUCUGGUGAUGACUGUUUCAUGAAGGAGGUAGAAUCAGAGGCACCUACAGCUGAUGGCUCUUAUGAAGAUUGUAUGAUGAAGGAAGGAGAAUCAGAGGCGGUUUCACCCUGUGCCAGUUCCGAAAUGGGUGUAGAUGAUGUUAAGCCAGAGGCAGCAACAUCUGAUGGCUCUGAUGAAAUCGUAUGGAAAGGAAAAUCAGAAGCAGUUGAAUCUUGUGACAGAUUAGAAAUGGUGGUAGGAGAUGGAGACACAUUUGAAGGAACACCUUGGAGCACCUGCAAAAGUGAUGGCAGGGUCAGCGUAUGUGUUCUUUCUGAAGAGGCUACAUUGUCUGGUAACGCCGCAAAGGACGAUGGAGAUACCAUGGAAUCAGAUCCUGGCAGCUCAGAUAGUGAAGAAGUUAUUGAGGUCUUACCUUCUGACAACGACAGUGAAGAGUUCAUACAUAGAGGAGCAGGGGUGGAUUUAUUUUAUUGUGAUGACAGUGAAGUAGAAGAGGUCACAGAUGCUAGGAAGCGAAGAUCAAGAUUCAUGAAGAGGCCAGACAGAGCCGGUGACGCGCAGAUCACAGAAGAUGGAAAGCCAAGAGGUAGAUGGGACCUUUGCCGCAUGACGUGACAUGAAGUGCUGAUCCACCCAUCUCCAGGAUGACCGAAAACCAAUCCUUGAUUUUGGGGUGCCUGUGUAUGCGAACCGUAUAAUAGUAGGUGACCAAAGGCAUGAUUAAUUGCAGGAGAAUGCAUGAUCGAUCAAUCUCCCCCUGUCUCUUCUUGCCCAUGGUGGUAAAGUUUUGGUAGUAAGGCCAUGGGCUUGGGCUGGGAGGGGGAUUUAUAGUGUACAGGUAAAGCAUAUAGAGCAUAUACAGACUGCAAGACUAAUACAAAGUGGCGCACUCUCUUUUGCAAA